AGGCUAAAGAGAAGGAGAGUAAAGCGUGAAGGGCCGCCCCAGCUUCAGUUCGUUAUUGCGACCGAUCCUUCGCAGUUCAAAGAUGAAGAUGCUAAGAGGAGUGUGCGCUCCCAGGCGAUGAUACAUUGGAGGCAUGAGGAGGAUAAGAAGAAGAAAACGGGCGAUCACAAAGACGAUGCUAGGUCAGAUCCUGCUGGAUUGGGCAUUGUGCGCAAAGCAACUGCCUCUGAGCGAACAGCGUCUAUACCAGCGCGUUCGAAAGACCAAGGUCCCACGCAGUCGUGGACAGUAUCCCAGGGACUGGGGUUUGAUCAGUCGCAACGCGAAACGCUACGAAUGGGCUCAGGCUCCUUCGCAUCAGACUCAGACUCGAGCUCCCUCCUUGGCACUGGUAGCUCAAGCUGGCAGCUUACGGCAAAUGAGACUACAGGCUACUUUCCUCGAUAUCGGAACCCGACGCGAGACAUGGCUGACAAGGGUGUCAUCGAUUAUGAGGAGAGCGAAAGACACGAGGAACGCCAGCUUCGAAGUCUCGUUGUCGGCCUUGCGAGUUUCUACAAUGUCGGCGGAUCUCAUGAUCCAUUUGACGUACUGCCACAAUUCCGCAACCCACGUUUAGAUGCGUUGUUCUUGUCGCGAAAUUGUAUGCGAGCGUUCGCUUCUGACUCGACAAUGAAGAAAUGGCUGCCACUGAUGCUGUCACAUCCGCACAUCAUCUUGAGCUCUACCGUGUUGGCAUCGACCUGGCUUGACAUGCAAAACAAGUGUUCCGGUGACAGCACUACAACGGCUAUGGUCAAGACUGAAACCAUUGGGAUGAUCAGGGAACGCUUUGCCAACCCCGCCACGCAGUUGGACGAUGCUACGCUUAUCGUCAUCCUGCAUCUGUUCGCCGGAGAGAUGUGGGCUUGUAACGAGCAAGCACUGAGGGUUCACGAGAGAGGUGUUGCAGCGCUCAUCGCACGACGUGGAGGGCUGGGCACCUUCGUCCACAACAGAGCUUUGGCUGAAGUGACUCUUGUCUGUUGCUACCAUUGCAACAUCUUCUGCGAAGCCGAAAUACUGCAAGCGCUUCGGGAGAAGUUGCCGGCAAACUCCGCUCCGGUCAGCGCUGAGGCAGCCUUGCCGGAGUCGCCGCUGUACUGCCCCAGAAGCACCUUUCUUACCAUAUCGGACGAUGCACGAUGCUCGAUGUCUACUUUGGACAUCCUCUCCGACGUGAGAGACCUCACAAGUAUUUUCGUGGCACGCAAUACAAGACUCAAUCAGGUUCGCGACAGUGAUGCUGUAGACACGGAACGAUCGAGUCCCCCAGACGACGCCUACGAAGCCAUGGUCUGCGCCAUCCGAACGCGCCUGGCCCAAGCACCUUCGGCUCACACGCCGGGUGUCUCCAUCUCGGGAGACUGGGUGUAUGAAGCAUGUCGCAUAACAGGUAUAAUAUACACGACUGCCAUUGCGAUGGGCGUCCCCUUCUCCGUCGCCGCGGAUCCGAAUUACACCAACCUCCUCGGGUCAUCAAGCCCAUUCAGUACAUGGGACAGUGACCAGCAAUUCGUCAAGCCUCAUCUCACCGAGACUUUAUACGAGACUCUCAAGCGAGCAGACACUAGCAAUGUGUGGGGAAACAUGUCCGGCGUGCUCUACUGGGUCAGCGCUGUAGGUGCAGCAGCAGCCCGUAUCCCCAGCGCAAUGGACAUGGCGCAACAGGACAGAUUCGCACCGGAAGCCUACUCGGUAUGGAUCCGGCGGUGUCUCAUCAUGACCGCAACACGCACGAUGAUUGUCCUUGUUUUCGAGCACCCGACGGCCAUCAUCGCGGCGCAACGGACAUUGCUCACAGUGCAGGAACUCAUCGGAUCACAUGCAUCACGACAUGUCGAGACUUGA